UUCAUUAAAAGUCCCAUAAUGCUUAGCGAGAAAAUGGCUGACCGAGAAUGACACACGCUGUAUUUUUCUAAUUAAUACAUUCCUCAUAGAAAUAUAGACUUAAACACGUAGCUUGUGAUGUUUGGGUGUUUAAUGUAAACGAUGCUUUCUUGAAUCACGGAGGCAGAAGUUUGAUUUGUGUUUAUCAUUGUCUUGAUCCUAACGCGUGUUUUUAACAUCACAACAUGGCCACGGUAGCAACUAAACGCGAGGGACCGCAGUUCAUCGGCGAGGUGGCCGUCAGAGGAAACAACGCUGUGCUCGACUACUGCCGCACGUCCGUGUCCGCUCUCUCCGGCGCCACAGCGGGCGUCCUCGGCCUAACGGGACUCUACGGCUUCGUGUUUUAUUUCCUUGCUUCUUUUCUGCUGUCCUUGCUCCUGAUUCUCAAAGCCGGUCGCCGAUGGAGCAAGUGCUUCAAAUCUCGACGUCUGCUCUUCACCGGAGGCUUGGUGGGCGGCCUCUUCACUUACGUGCUGUUCUGGACUUUCCUCUACGGAAUGGUGCAUGUGUACUAAAGGGACUCGGACAGUACAGCAGCCGUGUAGAUGUACAACAGUGUGAUGCUAGAGAAGAUGCCUCCGGGCAGAGUGCUGAUUGAUUUUGUCCGUGAGCUUACUUGUGUUUAGCCAAUAAAACGUAACAUAUUUUCUCAGUACUAAUUGCACUGAAAUUUAGAUAUUUAAAAAUGGUGUGUUGUCAUAUUCUUUCCUCUUGUAAUUUAAUAUUUUCCUAAUGCUUAUUCCAGGGCAGGGCUGGGUUUGGAUUUAGUAGAGCAGCCCAACAGAUAUGCUUUCUCUGUGAACUCCAGGCAUCAAUCAGUUUUAUUUCAGAUAUUUUGAUGAAAAUAAAUCAUUAACCUCAUGGAUUAAAUUGUGUGGUUUCUUAAAGUACAUGGUGUUAAAUGAUAGUUAUUUAUAGUAGGCUACUCAUCCUUUAUCACCUGAAAUUUUUAAUAUUUUAUUGUAUACUGCAUGUGAAUAGUCUGCCUAUUGUUAGUGUGGUGUUCAGUAUGUAAGUGCUCAAGCUCCAGGGUGUUUUACGAAUUAUAACUCUUGAAUUUCUGUAGUGUCAUUUGAAUCAAAUAAUCUGCUUGAUGAUUUUUUAAAUUCAGACUGUGAACAGGUACAGUCAUAUUUAUGUGUCCUCAGUGCUUAAACCCCACAAUUGUGUCGCUCUCAGUAGUGA